AUGUCUGAAGUGGAGGCCAAUACCCCAGUACAAACCCCGACGGCAGAACCGAUGAAGGACCCGGUGCACGACCUCGAGGGGAGCUCGCCCAGUGCGGCGCCCGUGCUCGAAGAGCCGGCAAAGCCGCUAUCGCCGCCAAAUCCGCUGCCACUGCCAAGGCGCCACCUUGACAGCGAACCCGACGAAGAGGCGCCGCCGGCGAAACGGGCGAAAAACGCGUCCAAAUUCGACUACCCGGACCCGGCGCUGCUUAUUGGCCCCGACGGCAAGCCGUUACCUCCGCAAGAAGUGUUUGGCGAACCGGCGCCGGCCCCGCCCGCCGAGCCCGACAUGGACAACUUGCCGGAAAACCCCAUGCCAAAACACCAACAGAAGUUUGCCCUUAAUACCAUCAAGGCGAUCAAACGGCUCCGCGACGCCGCCCCGUUCUUGCACCCGGUGGACAUCGUCAAGCUCAACAUCCCUUACUACUACAACUACAUCCCGCGGCCGAUGGACUUGCUGACAAUCGAAAAGAAGAUCGUCAGCGACGCCUACUCCAACGAGCAAGAAUUGGUCGACGACUUUGACCUCAUGGUGACCAACUGUAAGCGGUUUAACGGCGAGCUGUCGCUGAUCUCGCGGAUGGCGUUGAACAUCCAGGCGCUGUUUGAAAAACACAUACUCAACUUCCCCCCUAGAGACGCCGUCGAGGACGUGGUGGUGCUGCACAAGCGCAAGCUGAUGGCCGACCUGGAAGAGUUCCAGCGCGAAGCCCGCGAGCUGGUCGCCGCCCACCGUCCCAAGCGCACCAUCGUGCCGCCGAAGCCGAAGGAGUUGCCUUACGAUGUUCGUCCCCGCAAAAAGAAGUUCGCCGCCGAGUUACGCUUCUGCCUGCAGACGGUGAAGGAGCUCAUGAGCAAGAAGCACUACCACAUCAACUUCCCGUUCUUGGCGCCGGUGGACACCGUCGCCCUUAAUAUCCCCCACUACUUCGACGUGGUAAAGCAACCGAUGGACUUGGGCACCAUCUCGUCAAACUUGGCCAACAACCAGUACGAAAACGGCGACGAAUUCGAGCGCGAUGUGCGGCUCGUGUUUGCCAACUGCUACGCAUUCAACCCUGAAGGCACUGACGUCCAUGCCAUGGGGAAGAAGUUGGAGGCGGUGUUUGACAAAAAAUGGGCGCAAAGACCGGUGCCGGAGCCGACGCCGCCGGCGCUGGACUUUGAGCUGGAUUACGACAUUGAUGACGAAGAGUUUGAGACCCGGGCGGAACAGAUGCUUGCCGAAGUGCCGGCGAUUCAGUUGUUAGAAAACCAAUUGAAGCGGAUGAAGCUGGACUUGGACAAGUUGAAGGAGCAACACCUUAAGCAGUUACGCGAGGAGUUCCAGGCUAAGCGGGCCUCGCGUAAGGGCAAGAAGGGGAAGAAGUUGAAGCAACGGGUCAACGGCGAGGUCGCCGAGGUCAACGCUGGCCCCGUGGUGACGUACGAGAUGAAGAAACAGGUUCUGGAAAUGGUACCCAACUUGCUGGAAAAGAAGGCCCAGGCAGUCUUGAAGAUCAUCCGUGACGACUUUGAAAUUGGCAAUGACGACGAAAUCGAGCUCGACAUGGACCAGUUGGAGGACCGUACCGUACUCAAGCUUCACAACUACUUGUUCGGGCAGAAGGCUGCCGCCCGCAUGCUGGGGCUGCUGAAACGCAAGCAACAGAAGGCCGGAGGGCUCAGUGCCGACGACGAGUUGGACCACUUGCGCAACCAAUUGGCGCUUUUUGACGGCGAGCUGGCGCUGGCAGCAACUAAUGGCUUGAUGACCAUUGGACACGAAUCGCUGGACGACGACGACUUGAGUUCGGAGUCGCUGGAGGAGGAAUAA